CUUCCAUCCAGCGAGCCAAACCGUCAGUGGCCGCCGGCUUGAUCGCUCUCCCACUGUCGAUAAUAUUCCACGGGUGGAAAAAUGCUUAAAAGUGCAGUGUUAUGUUUUGCUAUUUUAUCAAAUACCGUGAACAGUGAUUACGGAAAAAAUGGGAGAAUUUACUGGUCAGAGUUCAACAAUACUAUGGAAAAUGGAAUUUUGGACGCGCUUUCCGGUUUACUUCCUGAACGACCGGAAAGUAUGUUCGAUUUCCUAUCGGAUUCUUAUCCUCUACCCGGAAAUCUGAAGCAACCCUACUCGGAAUACGACUUUGUAAUAGUUGGCGCCGGAUCGGCUGGGUGCGCCUUGGCCCAGAAGCUGUCGAAAAAUCGAAACACAACCGUGCUUCUCAUUGAAGCCGGGAGACCGGAGAUGCUGUUUACUGACGUACCAGCUCUGGCGCCUUAUUUUCAGUCCACAGAUUACGUGUGGCACUAUUAUAUGGAACCGCAGCCUGGUGUAUGUUUAGGAAUGGAUAACCAACGCUGCUUCUGGCCGCGAGGUAAGGCUGUUGGGGGCUCGAGUGUGGUCAAUUACAUGAUAUAUACCCGCGGAAGACCGAGAGAAUGGGACCGUAUUGCUGCGGAUGGAAACUAUGGAUGGUCAUACGAUGAUGUACUUAAAUAUUUUUUGGAGAUGGAAAAAGCAAAGUUGGACGGUUAUGAAAAGAAUCCAUACAGAAGUAGAGACGGAGAGACGCCCGUAGAGUUUGUACCAAUAAAAACAAAGUUGUUAGAUGCAUUUCUGGAGGCGGGAAAUAUACUUGGUCAUCCAACAGUCGACUACAAUGCUCCAAAUGAGCUUGGUUUCGGCAAAGUACAAGUAACAAUGAGCAACUCACGAAGACAAAGCGCUGCAAAAGUCUACCUACAUAGCCAUAAAAACAGGAAAAAUCUUCACGUUUUAGCGGAAAGUAGAGCGACGAAAAUUUUAAUUGAUCCAGUUACUAAGCAAGCAUAUGGAAUUGAGUACGUGAGGAAUAAACUUCUGCAUACAGUUUAUGCCCGAAAAGAAGUCAUAAUAUCGGCAGGUCCCAUAGCAUCUCCGCAGCUCCUAAUGCUGUCUGGCAUUGGUCCUAGAAACCACCUAUCUGAAAUGGGAAUACCCCUUGUGCAAGAUCUUCUUGUUGGACGAAAUCUUUAUGAUCAUAUUUCUUUUCCCGGUAUUAUAUUUACUCUUAAUGAAACUAAUAUUUCGUUUAGUGAAAAUAGAGCUACUGGAGAUCUGGCAAAUGCCAUUUCUUGGAUGAAAGGAAGUGAUAGCUUUUAUUCAACACCCGGUGGCGUAGAAGGCAUUGGUUACAUAAAAACACCAAUAAGUGAUGAUCCUGAUCAAACAGUACCGGACAUUGAGCUCAUCAGCAUCGGGGGUUCAAUAUUAUCAGACGGUGGAAAUACGGGGAGUAAAGCAAUACGAAAAGGUAUGCGACUGUCGGAAAGCUUGAUUACUGAAACAUACGGACCGAUAGACGACACGGAUACGUGGAGCGCAAUCCCGAUGCUUUUGCAUCCAAAAUCUGUUGGUCAUAUUGAGCUGAGAAAUAAUAACCCGUACAGCCAUCCAAAACUGUAUGGUAACUACUUGUCACAGAAACACGAUGUCGCUACCUUCAUUGCAGCGAUACGCCAUGUUCAACAGUUGGCAGCAACACCUCCUUUUCAAAGAUUUGGUGCGAAACUCUAUCCUGUGCCAUUGCGCAAUUGCCAAAGUUUUACUUUUGAUUCAGACGAAUAUUGGGAAUGUGCAGUACGCACUUUAACAGCCACUUUGCAUCAUCAGGUAGCGACAUGUCGUAUGGGCCCAGAUAAUGAUCCAGGGGCUGUAGUUGAUCCUGAAUUAAGAGUUCGAGGCAUUUAUGGCCUACGAGUGGUUGACACAAGUGUUAUACCUAGAACCAUUUCAGCACAUACACACGCACCCGGUACUAUAAUAGGAUUAAAAGCGGCAGAUCUGAUUAAAACUUCCUGGAAUAUAAAUUAAAUUUAGUGUAUUUAUUACCUAGAACGAAUCGCCUACUGCUUAAUUCUACUUCAAAGUUCUACUAAUUCAUUAGGACAAAUUGCAGUAAAUCACUUGAUUCGAGCGAGUUAGUCGCAAGGUUAUCUGUUUAAAUUAAUAAAUAAAAUCACUGAGAACCGCUCAUAUUAGAACAGUUAUGAUGAUAUUUUAUCAUCAGUAUUGAAAGGACCUUAUUAGAAUCACGACCAAAUGCAAACUUUGUUCGUUCAAGGCGAUUAAGGCAUGAUUUUUAAAUAACAUAAGAGUUUGUGAAACGUUUUUAAUAGCGUAAGGUAAAGUUAUGUAAUGUUAAUAUAUUUAAUUUGAUUGCAACUCAAUAAGAAAUUACCUUGUGUAGUCCAUAAGUUUUGCGUAUCCUUUAAAUAAAUUUACAUGAAGCAAAGAACGCUUUACUAAUUCAUUGGUAUCCUUUUAUUUGAGUUUCUUGCGCCCAUUCUUCUCAGGUCUGAGGCAGUCUCUUUUGAAUGGGUAGUAGAUUUUGACGUUCAAUAAGUGAUUAUAAAUCCUAUUUUGAAUAAAAAUAUUUGAAUUUAAAUUUGAAUUGCCUUUACGGAUCCGGAUUACGGAUUGCAUUACAAGAACGUUUUUUGAAAGUAUCAAGGAUUUCGUGAAAGUAGUUCUCACUUUUGCCUUAAGCGCGAACCGCGUAGGUAUGUAUUUAAUUUACUAUUAAGACGCAACACACAUACUGAAGCAGGAUCAACUCAACAAGGUUCGUUUCAAUAAUAAUAAAUAUGUAUCACGGAUAUGGACAUGCAGUGUACAAACUACGUAUUGGACCCGUGACAAUUACAGUAAAGUUCUCCUCCUCUUUUCCAAUGUUAAAUAACUCAAUCGAGAGAAUAUUCUCCCAAGAAAACUUGAAUAGAACAAAAUUAAUGUAAAGGUUUUUAAACAACAAUGUAUCCGCAAUAAUCACAACAAAAGAAGGUUUAAACGAACACAAAAACUGUAUCUCCUUUACACCAACGAAACAGCAUUAGUAACAGAACGUAUUACCGGACUAGAUACAUAAAUAUUAACAACUACAUAAAGGCGCAAAAUUGUCUCACGAGAAGUGCUCAGAUGAGUAGUUCGGGUUGAUGAGCCUAUCAUUCUAAAUUCGCGCGCUGUAUGAGAAAUUUCUUGCCUCCCACAGCCACUUUUUGGAAUCAAUUAUCGGCUGCAGUUUUUCUGAACCGAUACUACUUAGGGCCCUUCAAGAAUAGAGCAUAGUUUUAACUUAAAGGCGGGCAUCUGAUAACCCCUGGUUUUGGGGAUGUCUAUGGCCCUUUGCAUCGUGAUCUCCAACACUAACAAAAUCAUUAAUCGCCUAUUUUAUGAAAGAGGAGGACAAGCGCACAUACAAUAUAAUAUAUACAGGAAUUGAUCAUGAACCAGGAGCGUUGCAGAACUUUCAAAGCGUUGAAUAAAGGUAAAAAGGUACUGUUUAUUGGAAAACUGAAAACCCAUUUGUACGUGGAGGCGAGGGUUAUAUCACCGUGAUGUAAGUCAGUGGUUCUAUCUAUUGUGCCGCCAACGCUUUGCUUAAAACGUCUCUUACGUCGCUCACGGGCCUAGGAUACCCCUAUUAUUAACAAGCCCCGGGUAUGCACGGAAAAUAGUAUUUGGAUAAUAAUUAUUAUCACACGUCAACGUUAGUACUAUUACUCGUACAUUAUGUUAAUCGUCGAAGUAACCUUGGAUUAAUGCUGAGCGUUCGGACGUCCGAUAAUAAUCUAGCUCGCUGGAUGGUUUUGUCAGCCGGAAAAUUUACGGAAGUGGUCUCGGAAGGGAAUACAAGCCGCGUCCUACACGACUGUGGAAAAAAUCUGCUUCAUCCAGUCUUAUUGAAUGCCUUCUUAUUAUUGAAUGUCUUAUAGCUGGCGUAAUAGUUGUCUGGUUCUAUUGAUAUUAUAUAAAUAUGAUUAAAAAUUCCUUUAAUGAUUUAACAGAAAACAUUAACAACAUAUAUUUUAAUCUUAUCUAAGUCAAGUAUGUAUGUUAAGUUUUAAACGCGGCCUACUAGAAUAUAGUUGCAAGAAUGUGUUGGUACAUAAAUAAUACUUACCUAUUCAUUGUAAUUAUGCGGAACCAACUCUUUGUGACCUUAAAAUUUGAAUAUCAUAAUAUAUAUAUAGGUGAGUAAAUUUAACGUAUAGGAAAUUCUAAGCUACAAUUGAUUAGCAUAAUAAUAUUAUUAAUGCUAUUGAGGAAGUAUUAUAUAUUUACAAACAAAAAAAUAACAGAGCUCCAAAUUUAAUGGAGAUAAUGGAAAUAUCAUAAAUAAGCGCAAAAACUUGUUUGAUGAUGACGAUGACCUCCGUUUGUAUCAAGCUUGCAGUGCAGUUUGAAAUACUUCCACUUGUUAUUACAAUAUUCUUAAGGUGUGUGUCGAUUACAAAGAAAUCACACGGGGCCAGAUUAAAAUAACAUAAAUAUAUAUUUUAAGUAAAUUUUUUGUGAACGAAAAAGUUUUAUCCGUCUCUCCCUUUCCAUUCACUACAACUUGAGAGAUACUAAUCCGGCUACUCUCACAGCGCAUUUUUUUGUUGGUACCAGGCAAACAUAACUGAAGUAGAGAUAGUAUAUUUUUUUAAGAGAGACGAUGAUUGCUUUACCCUAUAUUAUCCUGAUCUUAUGUCCCACGACCGCCGCUUUCAACGUAUAAAGUCUUUUUAUUUAUUUAUUUUACUUUAAUACGUCUCGUUGUCAAUAUGAUUUUAUGUGAAUUCAUUCUGGCGAAUUAUAACUAAUUUAUAAAUUUAUACAACCUGCCAAGGUGAUAUUGAAGUAGUGUAAAUAAUUUAUAAGCAAAUUAUAUUGUUGUAAUUAACAUUAGUCAAAAUUAAUAAAUGAAUUAUCAGUCAAA